CUGUGGUAACGGAGCAUGGCGGCAGACCGCAGAAUGACUGGUCAGCAAAAAAGCUUUCGGGCGAGGACUUUGCAUCUGCAGCUGUUUGCUGACUUUGCCCUUAAAAUAAGUCUGGUGCUUCCGGAGCCGUCCAGGAAGCAGGCAGGGAGCAGCUGCCUCGCCCCACUGCUGACAGACGCCUGCAUCACUCCAGCGGCACAGACGCACGCCCCAGCCUUUCCCACCGCCUGCGAGAAUUUAUCAAGCCGCAGCAGAAUGUUUAAAAAAGUCACCCAAAAUGUGGCAAAGCAAAUGGAUCCAAAUGGAGAGCUGGUUCCAGUCGAAAGUAUCGUCGACCAAGACCAUUUCAGAACCCUCUGUCUAGUUAGAAGAAAAAGAAAAACCGCAUUCCGCCAAUUUCCCUCCUACAAACGGACAGAAUAUAAACUCCACGACGUGCUGCUGCCUGGAAAAGACGAUAAAAGUGACGAGUCCCUUCUCUGCGGAGACCAGCAAGACUCGAGGCAGUAUGCAACCGCAGGAAGUGCCUGUGACCAAGUCGAUGGGGCUGUGAGCCUUCCCAUCGAACCCGCGCUGGUAGAACUAGGAGGGUCUGCCUCUUCCUCCAAGUGGUCCAUCAAGAUGGAAAAAAGGCAUGUACCAGCAUCGCAACUCGAGGUGCUGAAGACAGAAAGAAAAGUCAACAUGAAUCACCCCUUCAUUCAGCAACUACGGAAGAUGCGACAGAAUUUAUACGUGGUUCACGAAACGAUAGAAGCCUCAGAGGAGGUCAGCUAUGAAGAAUCCACCAAGGCAACAGGAAAAAUCGUGGCCCAGCUUUAUGCCAAGUUUUUUGCAAAGGGUACCAGCAUGAGGAAACAAAGCAUAACCAUACCCAAGGGCUGCAUCCUAGCCUUCAGGGUGAUCCAGGUGACCAUUGAAGAUGCGGAAUGGGGUAUUCAUUAUAUCCCAGAGAAUAAUACAUCAACAUUCGUAUCUGAUGGUAUCACACAAGGACAAUUUGGAGUGCUGAAGAAAGAAGUAAAGCAGAACUGCCAAGCUUUCUCCCAGUUGCCUGCUGAUCUGAGGGGCACGUUUUUAGAAGCCAUCAAAGCUGUGUUGAGAGACAAGGACGCCUUUCAAGAAUUGGCCCAGAAAAUGGAAGCAGUUUAUUAUGAAACUAAUAUUUGUGAGCUGACAACACAGAGCCCAAAGCUAAAAGACGUGCUGAGCAGCUUACAGUUUCUUUCAAGAAACAAGCUCCAUAGCCUGGCAGAAGCAAUUUACUACACUCUCGAUGCUCUCAGUGAGCAAACAGAGGAACAGCGGCUGGUCUUGCUAGAAUCCCUGGAAAAGAAGGCUGUGCGACAUCAGCGUAACCUGGUUGAGAGCUUCUUCAAAUGCAAGACAGAAGACACGGAGGGGCGUUCUGGUGGGGAUGACAUCUUGCUCCCCUUCUCAGCGGAUGGGGAAGAUAAGACAACCAUCGCAAUGCUCAAGAUGAGUGGAGUGAGGAUCCAGGAAAAUGAACUUGCUAUCUGUGACCAAGAAGGCUUCUUAGCCCUCAAAGCCCUGUACGCAUCUCUGUAUUCACUAGAUCUCCUGAGUAACUCAGAAUAGGCUACACAUGUCCUCAGUUAGGGCUGAUUUAAAGGGAGCGAUUUAACAAUGUAAUUGAAAAGCUAUUACCUUAACUCUCUUUUGAAAUUUUAUCCCUGUGUAGGCGAGGCACCCUUUUAAGUACUCAGAGAUCCUUUUCCCACCCAUUUCUGAGCAGAUUUAAAUCAACAAAGCUGCUAAUAGAAGCCUGAGGCUGGAUAUCAACAUUAAUUUUUCCCCCAUAUGAAUGUAGAGUGCUAACUGAAUAACCCACUACCCCAGAGAGUCCCAGUCCCGUCAGCCAUACUGCACAUGAUCACUUUUAAUGAAAAAAAUUAAUCAAAAAGGUACAGAGAUACACUGCAAUCAUUCACAAAUACUUGGAAGGUGAAGGCCUGGGUGCAUUUCCAUCCCUGUGCGACAGCAGGGAGCCCUGGGACCUCAGGGCAUUUUGGUGUCCCACACGCAGUGAAACGGCGCCAUGACCCCACAGCAACACCCCCCAAGUGGUAGUGAGGCGUAAGGGCUACAAAGAUGGUUAGAGGACUGGAGUACGUCUUGUAUGAGGACAGGCUGAAAGAACCAGGCCUGUUCAGGCUGGAAAAGAGAAGUCUGAGGGGAGACCUCAUUAAUGUAUUAAUGGUAUCGAGAGGAUGGAGCCGGUCUCUUUUCAGUUGUGCCCAGCGGCAGGACGAGAGGCGGCGGGCACAAACUGAAGCCCAGGAGGUUCUGGCUGAAUGGGGGGGAGGCACUUCUUUACUGUGAGGUGACAGAGCAUCGAAACGGGUUGCCCUGAGAGGUUUUGGAGUCUCCUUCUCCGGAGAUACCCAAAACCCAGGUGGGUGCCAUCCUGUGCAAGGGGCUCUGUGUGACCCUGCACGGCAGGGGGGCUGGACUGCGCGGUCUCCGGGGGUCCCUUCCAACCUCAGCCAUUCUGUUUUUGUGAUUCUGUGAAAUGAUUACUGCUUUAAAAUAAUGACACGGAUGUCCUGAGCGCUGCUUAAUAAAGAACAAUCCCUUAUG